AUGGCAGAAGUCGUGCAGAUGUUUUUGUUCCUAUAUAAAUCGAAGUAUCGUCGGAAAGGGCAGUGCCGUGAGGUGGUACGAGAUCAGUGCGGUGUAAUUGCGGUGCCGUGGCCAAUACUGUGGGCGGCGCUGAUUUGUUGGGUGGUGCACGUAACUGCGGCCGCCUCCUCCUCCUCAUCGUCGCUGACGACGGAUACGACCUGCGACACGGACAGUUGCGUCAACGGAGACUGUGUCAAUGGCACUUGCGUGUGCCACGAGGGUUGGCAGGGUUCGGUGUGUCAAUUUUGCGGCGGAAAAGUCAAACUGACGGAGCCGACGGGAAACAUCCACGACGGUAUCGGGAAUUACACUGCGGACGUAAAGUGUUCCUGGCUAAUCGAGAGCAACCCAAACUCCACGAUACGGAUGCACGUGGAGCAAUUCGCAACGGAAUGUGGUUGGGAUCAUAUGUACAUUUACGACGGUGACAGCGUCGAAGCGCCGUUGCUUGCCGUCUUCUCUGGAUUGAUGCACAAAGAUGGCUACCACAUACGUCGCGUUCCGGAAGUGAUCGCGCGUUCCGGAAGCGCGCUCCUUCACUUCUACUCGGAUGUUGCUUAUAACAUGAGCGGUUUCAAUAUUAGCUAUAAGAUCAAUGCCUGUCCCAGCAGGUAUUCGCACAUCGACUGUUCUGGACACGGGGUUUGCAUUGAUGGUGUGUGUACAUGUGAUGCCACGUGGACCGGUGAAGCCUGUGAGAUUCAAGUUUGCCCGAACAACUGUUCCCAUAGUCAUGGACAGGGUGAAUGUAAUCGGGAGAGUCAUCAUUGUGAUUGUGUGCAUGGCUUCAAGGGCUCUGAUUGCAGCCAAAGAAGCGACCGUGGAUUCUGGGAGAGCGUAUUGUAUACUGACUUCUCACCUGAAGGUUCGGCUAGUCAUUGCUCUAUCGUUUGGAAAGAUUCUUUAUAUAUAGUUGGUGGUGAAAGCUUUCAUCGCGCCAAAAUGAUUUACGUGUAUGAUUUCAAUGGAAAUGUUUGGGAGACCCCUCAUGUCGAAGGGAAGGUUCCUCAACCUCGAUACGCUCAUUCGUGUAUACUUUUCGGUGAUAAAAUAUUCAUGUAUGGUGGUGUACUAUCUAAUUCUACGGUAACCAAUGAAAUCUGGGCAUUUGAUGUAUCGGCGAAAGUCUGGGAGAAUGUAACCGUACACGACAACAGCAACAAAACUAUGCGUGGUCCUUUAAAGGUAGCCGGGCAUUCUGCAACUCUGGUACAAAAUCAUGGAAGAAAAGAAAAAAUGGUGGUAAUAUUCGGAUAUUCGCCUCAAUAUGGUUACUUGAAUGAGAUUCAAGAAUAUCAUUUGGGCACACGUGAAUGGCAAAUCGUAGAUACAAUUGGAUUUCCUGUGAAAGGUGGUUACGGGCAUAGUUCUGCCUAUGAUGCACUGACAAAUCUCAUUUAUGUAUAUGGAGGAUACGUAUCAGAAUCGCAGACCACACAGGUCUUAACUAGUCGAUUGUACUCUUAUGAUCCUAAUUUUCGUCAAUGGACAUUGCUUACGGCUGCCCCAUCAGCUCGUUUCUUUCACACAGCUGUGUUCAUUUCUGGUGGUUUGAUGAUCGUCUUUGGCGGUAAUAUGCAUAACGAUACGCAACAUUCGGAUGGAACGAGAUGUUAUUCAGCGGAUACGAUUGCAUAUGAUGUCACUUGUGAUUCCUGGCAUCAAUUUCCUAUGCCUAAAGAGAUGACCGAUCUGCCCAGGUAUGGACACAGUGCAACUGUGUUUGAAAAAUCAAUGUACAUCUAUGGGGGAUUCGAUGGACAAAUGUUGUCUGAUAUGACAAGGUAUACUCCAGGAAAUUGUGAGCAUUUAACAAAUCAGAAUCAUUGUUUAAAUGCAAGGACAGGCGUGAAGUGCGUGUGGGACAAAAGAGAAAAUCGAUGUAUACAGAUCACCAAGAUAUCUCGACACGUGCUUCUUAACGAUGACAUGCAUGAUGGAAUUUAUAUGAGAUGUCUGGACGAUACUCCUCCUCGCGGGAUGACAUCUCACAAGGAAUUAUGCAAGUUGCUUACGGAUUGUGUGGCUUGCGUACAAACAUCAUAUAAUUGCAUAUGGUGCGGUAAGAGUUGCUCGCACGAGAUUUGCCGAGACAACGCUAAUGCACCUCCGACCAAGGCUAUCAGUGAUCUAGAACAAUGUGAUGCUCACACAGCCAUUAAAUGUUUGCAGUUGCAUACGUGCCAUGCGUGUUCUAGUAAUCCACACUGUAUCUGGUCUUGGUCAAAUGGACCUGAUCGAUGUAAACCAUAUUCAAAAGCUCGAGAACAAGUGACCAUUUUAAAUGGAACUAUUCAAGCACAAAGAUUGUCCAUAGAUUCUUGUCGCAGUCCAUGUGUGGACUAUACUUCCUGUAAAAAUUGCACAGAAUCAGAUUGUAUUUGGUGUCAAAAUGAGAAAAGAUGUGUGGAUAAAAAUGCAUAUCCUGCAAGCUUCCCUUAUGGACAAUGUCGUGAAUGGACAACGGUUGAUUCAAAAUGUCAUCCCACGGAAACGGGAAAGGAAUGGUGCACGUUUUAUUCAUCUUGUGCAGCGUGUCGAUCUGAUCCUGGAUGUGGAUGGUGUGAUGACGGUUCUGGGACAGGAAAAGGAUUAUGUUUGCCAGGUGGAGCUCGUGGUCCAAGCAGUAAAAGCUUGGAUACUUGCUCAAUCGAACGAUGGUAUUUUACAAAAUGUCCUACUUGUCAAUGCAAUGGUCACAGUAAGUGUCUUUCGAAUAGCAGCAUAUGCAUUCAACCAUGUGGAAAUUUAACUUAUGGACCUCAUUGCGAUAAAUGUAUUCCUGGUUACUAUGGAAAUCCAUUAAAUGGAGCCACUUGUCAACCAUGUUUUUGUAAUAAUCAAGGCACGCAAUGUACCAGUGAAACGGGUAAAUGUUUUUGUACAACGAAAGGCAUUAUAGGAGAUCAUUGUGAACGAUGUGACGUGUCUAGCCUUUAUCAUGGAGAUCCUACUAAUAAAGGAUCUUGUUUUUACGAUUUGGCUAUUGAUUAUCAAUUUACAUUCAAUUUAAGUAAAAAAGAGGACCGUCAAUACAGAGCGAUUAAUUUCAAGAAUUCUCCGCCAAAACCUGAUAUUGAUGCAGAGUUUUCCAUUACGUGUUCCGUUCUGGCUAAAAUGAACAUCACGGUGAAAAGAGCAAACACACCGGAAAUGCCAGUCAUUCUUGGCGCAAAUUGCACAACCAGCAUGUAUAAACAUCGUUUUAUUAAAGAUGGUUAUGGUUUCGGUAGUGAGAACAAUAACACAUUGACCACAUUCUAUGUGUAUGUGUACGACUUCCAACCGCCGGUGUGGAUUCAAAUUUCUUUUUCACAAUAUUCCAAACUCAACUUGCAGCAAUUCUUUAUAACAUUUUGCACAGAUUACAUGCCUAGGUGCUUCCUCGCUCUACUGUUGGUGGCUGCUGUUCUUUGGAAAAUCAAGCAAAAAUAUGAUAUGUACAGAAGAAGACAGAGAUUGUUUGUAGAAAUGGAACAAAUGGCCAGUAGAGCGUUUAGCCAAGUUUUGGUAGAAAUCGAGAGGCGGGACAUCGAUAAUUCUGAUUCGGAGCGAAGUGAGUCCGAAUUAAUAAAUUGCCGCAAAAAGAAAAAGGAUGCCCCUAGUCCGAUCGCAUUGGAGCCCUGUUGUGGUAACAGAGCAGCGGUCCUGUCGUUGCUAGUCAGACUGCCUACUGGUGGUGAACCGUACACUCCGGCUGGUCAGAGCGCCGGUUUAGCCGUAGCGUCUGCGUUAGUUACACUGGGUAGCCCGCGGAGGCCAUCUCAGGAAUUGACGACGAAAGAGCCGACAAAAACACGAAAGUCUGCCAGUCAACAUCCAGAUUCCACUUGCAUUUAGCGAUAAGGGCGUGAAAAUAGAGACACCUUAAACAUAAACUACGCCAUGGGUGACUAUGAGCCUUAGAUAUAUUUCUGUGAUCUUGCCUUAGCGAAUAGGCAGGACUGUUCAACAGUUAAACUCUUCAAACUCUGAUCGAGUGAAGUGUGUAAUACAUUAUUAUUACAAUUUUUUUUUUCGUUUUCGUUUUCGUUCGUUUCGCGAUAAAUAUUCGUUUCGUUUCGUAAAAUCAAUUGGUGAAACUAUAAUAACAAAUUCGACUUCCCGAAGAACAUAUUUCCGAGGAGAAUUGCAUCCCAUCAUACUCAAAGGGUCAGCUAACUGAUUUGAAUGUACAUGUUGGAUUUUCGAUGCGAAAUGGGGAUCAGCCAUUUUUUGUUCAACCAAUUUUUGGUAAGUAAAUUAGUACAUAAAUUGUUUGCGUGUGGCGGUAACACGCUUGGCUGACUUGAGAUUUUUUUAUCAUUUUAUUUCUUUCGUUUCUACGUGACAAUGUACAGUUGUAUAUAGAUCUGUUAUGCGAUUUAUUUCUUUCGUUUAGUCAUUGCGAUCGAACGGAAUCGAGUUCGUUCCGCAAUUAUCGAAGUGUCUUCGAAAAGGGCUAUAAAAAAAAACCGUAUGUUGUUCUUUAUUCGAGAAAUGAAUUUCGCGCGUAAUAAAGUUGAUACGUGCUGCUCUCUGUACGAAUUUCAACGAAUUCGGGCGAGAGGUCGCUGAAAAUUGGCGGGUGAUUGAAAAAUGAAAUAUCGGAAAAUUCGAUUUGCCAGAUGAGGUUCGAACUUAAUUUUCGUUCUUCGUUUUGUAAACUUGUGUAAAUACAUGUAUGGUUGUAUAUCCGAAAUGAAAAUCACGAUACAGACGAAUUGUACAGAUAUAAAUUCGAUUUGAAAGAGAAAGAAAGAUAACAAAGUGAGGAAUAUAUAAUUUUUUUUGUGUAUUCAUAUCUAAUAAGCGGUAAAGAUUUAAUUCUAAAUUAAAGGAAAUGAAUAGGAGUGAAUCGUUGAUAUUUUGAAUAUCGUAUUAUCUUUGUAUAAUCUUCGUAUUCUAUAUAUCUAUUGUGCCAAAGCAUUUUUUGAUAUUGGUAUCAUCAUUAAAAAAAAAAAUAUCAAAAUAUCAUUGGUGUAGAUACGAAUUUUUAUCAGCAAUUCAAUCUGUUUGAAAAGAUUAUUAAAAAAACGAUGAAAUAUGAAAGUCAAUUUCUUUCACUUAUCUCUAUUCAUUUCCAUAGAGACAAGGGUUCGCUAUACGAUCGAAAAAUAUAAAACAAAGAAAUGAAUCAUCUGAAGAUUUUUUUUUAAAUACAACAAAAUAAUAAUUUCUAUCGUAUAGCGUUCCAUGUAAUUUUAAUGUAUAACGAACUUAGAAAAAAAAAAAAAAGAAAAAAAAACAAAAGAAAAGAAGGAUGUGGACGUUGCAAUAAACUGAAAGAAUCGCGGUAAUUUUUCGGUCGACGAUACGGUUUUCGUUUUGCUACAAAGAUGGCGGUGCUGGUUGUUUCACGUACCAAGCCUAACCUCAAAAUGUUUAAACGGGCAAGAGAAAAGACAAAGGAAUGUAUAUGUUAUGUGGCUGUGGUUUAUUUUUUCAUUUAUAUUAUCGUUCAUUUAUAUUACCAAUAUAUAUAAAUUUCUUAUAUUUUUGCGUGGCCAAUAAAAGAUAGCUGCUUCCGUUCUGAAAUUUAGAAUGAUCUCACGUUCUUACUUCCUGUUCUGAAUAUGGAGGCAGCUCUUACUAUUACGUGUUCCAUAAAGCAAAUAAAAUAUAGAAAAAAGGAGAAACCGUUUUAUAUCAUAGCAAAACAGUUUCUUAGAACUUAAAAAACCUCCAGCACUUGCAUAGCAUACGGACAGAAUAUUCGUGUAUAAGUGUCGUCUAAUUUUAAUUCCUGUAAAAAUCGAAUUUUUUUAAUGUGUAUUUUACCAUAAUGUUCAAAAUUGGAGGGCCGACUGCUUAUUAGUCCACACUGAGAUAAGAAAUAAGAGAAAAAUGCUGAUUAUAAUAUUUUAUAUUUAAUUAUCUAUUAUAGAAUAUUUUAUUCAAUUUUUUUUGUUACUUAUUACAAUUAGCUUCCAAUGCUCAAGUUUAUUCUGUAUGAGUAGACGAUCCUCCAAUACUGUGCAUGGUAUAAGACUUGAGUACAUUAAGAGUAUCGUUUUAGCUUAAGCUUUGGUCACAAAAGAUGAGAGUGAUAUAGAUUUUUUUUUUUAAAUCAUUGUACAGCACGGAUCAAGUGCAAUGUAUUUUGUUUUACCAUGUAUAAUACUCAUCAAUGUUUCUUUCAUUCUCUCUACUGUACUCAGAGUCUCUUUUUGUGAGGGUGCAACCAGAUGCUAGUCAAUGUGGUUGUACGUGAUUUAAAUUGACAAAGUUACCCACCAUUUUUCAAAGUUGCUUCUAUCACUUUGUUAAGAGAAAAAGAACUAUUUAUUCUUAUUCUUUGAUUAUGCUCUGGUUGCAUUCACUUAGAGCAUAGUGUAUAUUUUAUAUUAUUAUCGUAAAGAUAAUUUAAUUUUUUUUUAUACAACUGUUUUAUUUUUGUUUGUUUUUUUUUUUUUUUUUAAUGGAAUAAUAGGAGUGCGUAUUCCCUCCUCCAGUUCUUGUUUUGAAAUCAAAUUUUUUAUUAUUUUUUUGUGCAAAAAUUUAUAAUUGUACAUAUACAAGUAUAAAUAAUGUUACGUUAUAUUUAAAGAAAAUAGGAUUAUAUUCGAUAUAUUGCUCAACUUUUGAGUAGAUUUCUUCUUAAAUUGCGCUUAAUAAUUUCUACUUUAUUGAUUUUUUUCUUUCGUACCUAGGGAUAUUUAGAUUUUGUGUUCAUUCGAAGGAAAAAGUAUUUAAAAUAUUAAAAAAAAAAAAACGAAAUGAUAUAGAUUAUAUUUGGGACAUUGUUAAGGAAAGACGAUGCUUAGAUCGACGAGUAUUUCUCAUUCUUGUACUCUUCUUCUUUUUUUUUUUAAUCCAUAUGUAUUUAUCGAGUGUCUUGAUACUGCCAUUUAACUUCUAUGAUCUAUUUGUCUUCGAAUUCAAAACGAUUAGGAUCCACCCAUUUAAUCGUUAAAACUUCUUGCUGCUUGAAUUUCGUUGUAUGUAUGAAGUAAUAUUAGAAAGUAGAAAUUUCGCUUAAGGAGACAGUGUCCAAAAAGCUUUGCCAGAAUUUGGUGCCAACUCCCAUUAUUAUUUCAGUCUUAUCAUUUAUUCUUCGUAACAUCUUGGCUCCUCGUUAACACCGAGUUUCUUGGCAAAUGUUUCUGUGCUCGAAAAUUUUUUUUGUACCCUUAGGAAACGAUGUCAAGAUGGUUAUUAACAUUUUUUUAAUAAACGAGAUUUUUAAUUAAAGUAUUCUAAAUUAUUUGUGGUCAUGUUCGAAUUUAAUCUUCAACAAAUAUGAUUAAAGACAAGAGAAAUUUUGUCAUUUCUUUUUUUUUUUUUUUUUGCUUGUUCAAUAAAUACAGCAAUUAUCGAAAAAUUGAAUUGAAAAAUAUUAUAGAGAGUAAAAUAGAUUUUUUGUUGAAAUGAAAAAAUGAAAAUUAAAUAAUUUGAAUUCAAUCUAUUUAUUUUAAUCAUAAAGAUAAUUAAUUAAAAAUUGAGGAAUAUGUUAAUGCUGAGGCAUGAUCUUGAAAAUUCGACUGAUUUCUGCCAGGCUGUAGCUUCCAUAAGUGGAAUACUUAAUUUUCAGGCAGCAAUGGAGUUAACUAGGCCCUAAACUAAGACGAUAUCGCACACCAUUGUUGUUCAUAUAUUAAUUGUGUCAGGAUUAUGAAUGAUUUUAAAAUUUAUAUUCCGUCUCAUAAUGAUCCAUAGAUUUAUUGUGAUUAAUCCACGUUCCUGUGAAUUAUCCACAGAAUUAAUUCUUAACUACUAUGAUUCUAAAAUAUCCCAAUAAUAAAAUUAAUUCUGAAUUUAUGAGUUAUAUAUUACAAAGUUGAUUCUAAUUAAUCAUUGUAAGAUAACAUCAUGUUAUUUGAAAAUUAUACAAUUAUACAAUUAACAAUUAUAAUUUAACAGACUGCAGAUGUUAAUUCAAUGGUAUUAGAAAUUAAAAAUUUUAAAAAGAUUUAUAUAAGAUAUAAUAUCAUUAAUGUAAUAUUUAUAAUAAUCUAAUAUAUGGAACAGCUUCUUAUAUAAAUCAUUUUUUUUAAAAUAUGAAGUUGCAUAAACAUCCUCAACUCUACUUACAACAUUAGGGGUACUCUAACAUCUUAGCAGUUAAGAAUUAAACACAACCUCAAUAAAGAGACAAAGAUGAAUAAAAGUUGAAAGAUAAAUCAUCAAAUAGUAAUGAUUAAAGUUCAGUCAACUUUCAGUCAUAUAAUCUAUGUAAAAUAUCAAGUUUCUUAGGUGGCAUAGUCGAUUAUAUUGGAAGUAUGUAGCUUAAUUGCGGCGUUUCCCAAAUGUCUUCGAAUUAUUUGUAAAUUUUAUAGAGCAAACAUAGAGGCAUCGCCAUCAUUGACGUCUAGUGUUGAUUCUCGGCCAAAGGAAACAUGCAGUUUUAAUGUUUAACGUUUGUAGAAAUAUCGAAUAUAAAGAUUCGAUAUUAAUUCAGGGGAAUCAUCGUAUCAAAAAUCAUUGAUACGUCCAUUGUGGAAUUUUGAGGGGAUAAGAUCUGUGUCUAGGGCCUAGAUCAAGGUGGAUUUUUUUAAUCCUAAAAAUUCUAAGAUCUGUGGGAUUUUCAGCAUCUUUUACGAUCUCUAGAACUUUUAAAUUUCGAAGAUUUUUGGAUCUUUAGGGUUUUUAAAACCUAGGAUUUUUAGGAUCUCUAGGAUCUUGAUAACUUUUAGAAUCUUCAGAAUUUGGAUGAACCUUAGGAAUCUUUAUGAUUUCUAGAACUUGUAAAAUAUUAAGGAUUUUUAAGAUUUCUAGAUAUUUUAGAAUCUUUAAAGAUUUCUUAGAUUUCUAGGAAUUUUAGAAUCUCUAAGAAUCGUUUAGGAUCAUAAGAAAUAUUCAGGAACUUUAAGAUUUCUAGAAUCUCAAAGAUUUCUCUAACUAAAGUAUCCCUAGAUUUUCGAUGAUCGCUAAGACUUUUAAGAUUUAAAAAAAUUUCUAGGCUUUUUAAAAUUUUUAAAACAAUUAGAAUAUCAAAGAUCUCGAACAGUAAGACUUAUAGAAAUUCCAAGAUCUCUGAAAUUUAUAUGAUCUUUACAAUCUGUAAAAUUUUUUAAACAAUUUUUAAAACUUUUAAAUUCUCUUAGAAUUUUUUAUUUAUUUUAUAUUAAAAAAAUGAGAAGAGAAUCUAAUAUUUCUAUAAUAUUUGAUGAUUCUCAAAAAUUUUUUGAAUUUUGGAGGAAUCUUUAAGAUUUUUAAAAUCUGAAACAUUUUUUUACUUAUAUUUCGCAUUUUUGCAAAAUUUAGGAUCUUUAAAAUUUAGAAUCGUAAAAAUUUUUUUGGAAUCUUUACGAAAUUUAAAAUUUUGAAAAUUUCUAAAAUUUCCUUAAGAUCUUUGGAAUUUUUAUAAGUUCCAGAAUUUCUAGGAUCUAUAAGAUUUUUAUGAUCUCAAGAAUCUUGGGAAAACAAUCUAGCUAGCCCAUUUAGGCCCUUGAGAAUACGCCGCGACACACAUAGACACGACUGCUCGUCCAUCACAGAAACAGGACAAAGAGAUUUUAUUGUUCGAUUAACGUAUGAUUUUUUUCUUUUUUCCUCUUCUGUUUUGAAAUUAUCGACGAGAUUGAUUGAAACUUUUUAUUCGUAACUCGCGUGGCGUAGCCAGAUCAUUGUAUCUGGCGAUUUAACGUUUAAGAAAUACUUAACGUAUCUAUAAGUAGGUAGGUAUAUUAUAAUAAACGAGUAUAGCUUGCAACAACAACAAUUUUUCUAGGACACAAUCGAAAAUAUUUAUUUUUAUUCAAUCGUAAGCGUAAGGGUAACUCUUUGAUAAAAUGAUAAAAAAAAAAAUAAAAUAAAAUAAAAAGAAAUAAAAUGAAAUGAAAUGAAAUAAAAUAAAAUAAAAUAAUUGAAGGAAAAAAUGCUGAAAUAUUAAUUAUUAAAAUAUAACGGGAGAGAGAGAGAGAGAGAGAGCGAGAGAGAAAGAGAGAGAGAGAGAGAAAGAGAGUAUGAGUGAAAAGAGAGUAUGUGAUGAAAUUGUAUGCAGUGAGAGUCAAAAGUGAGAGUACACAUUUUGAAGACAAAGAAUUUAUUUGAUAAAUCUUACAUUGUAUAAAUUUGAAAAGAUAAAAACAAUUUAUAAUAAAUAUAAAUUAAUAAUGUAAAAAAAUAUAAGUAUUCCUAAUGUAUCAUAUUUGAGAUUGUAUGAUACCUUAUGUAAUAAUAAUUAUUAUACAAUAUAAUAAUUUGUAUACAUAUAUAAAACGAGUUUGAUUAUAUUUAUUAACGAUUAUAUAAAUUAUUAUAUAUUUUUAGCAAAUAGUUUUACCAAACAAUUUUAUAAUUUAAUAAAUAUCAUUUUUUCAAAUGUACUUUUACUUACACUUUUCACUCUUUAAUAACACGUUUCUCGGAUCUCUUUCUUUCUCUCUCUCUCUUUCUCUCUCUCUCUCUCUCUCUCUCUCUCUUUCUCUCUCGUGUAACUCCUUUUAAAAUACAAGUAUACAUACCUAAACACAACAUAACACAAACAUACACUCACAUUUUAACACUGUGUGUUCCCAUUUGUGUGUUACACGUAUGAUAAUUCAUCCGGUGAUAAUUGUGUGCAGGAUGUUAUCACUGCCUUGUUGUCAUACUUCUCAUUAACGCCAUCUGUUAGGAAGAGAGGAAACACUCCAAUUGUCAGGGUUCACGGUCUUUCUCGCGUUUCAAGUGGAAAUGACCCGUCACUGGCCCGACUUGGGAUUCGUUCUUCGAAUAAGAUUCUAAAGAUACACGACGGUGUGCUAAAUACUUUUGUCGCGUUUUUAAAUACCGGUGAUCGUGAAAUAUAUUUAUACGUACCGUCCUCUCUAGGUUGAAGGCGAAUAGAUUUUUUUUUCUUUUUUGGUAUCGUAUUAUAAAUUGAUAUUGGACAGAUAAUAAUAAUAAUAAUAAUAAUAAUAAUAAUAAUAAUUUCGUUUAGUAUUACGAAAUAUAUUGAAAUAUACGCAGAAUUUUUUUACUUUUAAUACUAGAUGGAUCAUUAUAUAAUUUAUUUAAAAUUUGUAAAUUUUAAAAAAUGAAAGAGAUCGUAUUGCAUUAUGUUUAUAAUAAAUUGUUUAUUUUUUAGUGAGAAAAUUCGUUUCUAGAUAGUUGGAGGGAUUCGAUGUAGUUUUCGCUAGUAAAAAAUAAAUUUCAACGAAUGUACGCUCGUAUUUUUCUGCUAGAAAAUUCAAAUUGUGAAAUUACGAAAACUAUGGUGUGGUAUAGGAAAAAGAAUAAAACACGAUCAUUAGCCAUGUGAGCGGAUAAAAGGAGUGGAACGAAAUUGUAUUGUAUCACGGUAAACGAGACAGACAUUGUUUAAAUAAAAUUGAUAUACACAAAGUUUUUUCAUUCUUUUAAAUUAUUGUUUAGAAUAAAUUCAAAGUAUAGAUACUUGGAAGAAUUAAAUAAAAUUAUUUAUCCAAUAAUACCCGAUAUCCAUUAUAACGUGAUGUGCGAUAUUCAUCGAAUAUUUAUUUCGCAAACAAUGCUCAAUUCUUUAUUUUAAUUCUUAUUUCUUUCGUUUCAAAACAUUCAAAACUUUCAAACGAAAUCCAAUAAAUCUCAAUUAUUCCCAUUAUUAUAGGCCAAAUCUCAAUAUCAACCCUCACCAAUUUUUAUUCAUUUCUCCGUUAUAUAUAAUUCUUUCCAUCCUCUUUCUUUUCUCUUCUAAUUAUAUUUAUAACCUCCAUAACUCGUAAUCAACUCGUUUGCGCAUUAAUCUCAAUCAUUUCCCUUGUUAUAUGAAUCCUUUGUUCUAUGGGCAAACAACCAUCACCAAAUUCCCUGCUCCUCGAUCCAAAAUAAAUUUUUAUAACCCUUCUUCCCGCUUCAUUUCACUCUUAAUCGCACGAUCAUCCUUAAUAACGUUUCGCUGAUCAUCCCUCUUCGUCCAUUCCAUCCAAACAUUUACAUUUUCACCAUUACCCCCACCAUUUCGUCGUGAAACAAGGGGGCGCAAAGACGUUUCCAGGGCGUCCAAAUCCUCCAGGUUGGGACAAAGGGUUUUAAUAAAAUGUCGACGUCAAACGAGUCGUAGGGAGUCGUGGUUCAGGUAGGACAGGAUAUUAACCCAUCCGCGACAGAAUUGCGUGGUGGAGGGGAUGAGAGAGAGAGGAAAGGACGCAGUUUCUGGACGAGACGGGUUAUACUUCCUGUCCUAUCUUCCCUCUUUUUCAUUUUAGAGACAGUUUUCAUCCCGCAAAUGGACGCGUAUAUCUUCGACGAAGGAUCGACGAAUCAAAUUAAAAUAAAAGAGUUGGAAAUAAAAGAGGGCGCUCCAUUAAUUGGAACCGAGAUUUCCUCUUCUUCUUAUCCUUUACGAUUUUGUUUUUUUUUUUGUUACACAAUUUCGACAUAUUUUUAACUCUUAUGUUGGUUUCAUUUUUAUUGAGAAUGAUUUUUUUCAAAUUUUUCGUGUAUUCUCAUUUCAUUCUAAUAAUGAUGCUAAUCAUUCUUAAAAUUUUUGUUUGAAAUAAACCUAUCUUCUCUAUCUGGCUUAUUGUUUUAUUAUUAUUUUGUAAAUUAUAUAUAGUUUAUAUAAAAUUGAAUACAUGUAAAUUGAGUUUGAGUUAUGAAUAAUAAUAAGUUUUAUUAAUAUAUUAUAGAAUUUCAUUUUAUUCAGUUUUAAAAUUCGAUGUUUCUAGAAAUUUCUAGGGAAAAAUCGAUUUUGCAGAUCCAAGGAAUUUUAUAUAUUGCUAUGCGAUUUCGAGUAUCGGACAAUUUAUAUUUUUUUUUUAAUACAACAUAUUAAGAAUAUAAUAAAAAUAUCGAUUGGAACCUACUUAAUAAAUUAUAAAUUAAUUUACAUUAUUUAGAACUUAAUAAACACUCUUCGACCGAUAUUUUUAUCAAUUUUUCUGUUUAUUUUCACUGUUACAUUUACCAGUAUUUAAAUCCAUCAAUCAGGUCAAACAUUCUUAAACGAGAAUAAAAAGAACUAAAAAAAAAAAAAAAAAUCAGUAGAUGUUGGCCGAAAGAUUAGCAAGAAACGAGAAGGCGAGUUUGUCCAAUAAAAAUUGAAACGAUCCUCCUCCUCAAAUAUUUUCUUUCCCCUAAAAAAAGAAAAAGAAAAAGAAAGAAAGAAAGAAAGAGCAACCACUAGAUGCUGAACAAGCGAUAUCCGGAAACUCGUUUUUCACGAAGUCGAGAGGUUAGGUUAGGUUAGGAAUCGACACGGUUACACGCCGAUUUUUCUGCAAACGCGAUCCCCAUUGUUCCUCUUGUUACUUGGAUGUUUUCUGCCAUCAUCCGUCUAUGUUCUUUUCACCAUUUCAUUUCAUCCCUGGAUUAUCGUAUUGUCAGCAAGUGACUCGUCUCGCUUUAUAACAAUCGUCGUUGUUAUCUCUGUUUGGAAAAAAAUAAGAGAGUUUCUCUCGAUGAUGAAAUGCAAUCGUGAAUAGUUUUUGUCUAUUGAAAUUUUGUAUCGAAUUAUUAUACGUAUGGCUAUAAAGUAGAAAGUAGAAAGAAAUAUUUCGUUCGAAAAUUUAUAUCUAUUUAAAUUUCUAUAUAGAAAUCUAUAAUGGGAAUGAAUAUAAGUAUUUAAUUAAUUCAGUUUAUUUUAAUUACGAUUCUCAAAACAAAUAAAUAAAGUUUCAAAAUUCGAAUGCAGUCAAGUUGAUGGAAAUCGUUCGAAUCGAAAUAUCGAAAAGUACAUGUUACAUGUUGUUGAUCAAUCUCUUACAACAAAUUAUCGUUGGAAGAAGCUUAGUUAAGGCGAAUUACUUUGACAGAAGCAUAUAGGAUCUUGAACGAGCUUGCCUCAAAGACACGUCGGAAGUGCAUUUGAUUAAAUUUUAAAUUAAUUUCCAGUCGUGAGUACGGGAAGUUGAAUAAAUUUUGUAUCAUGGGGUAUGAAACAUUGCAACCAGAUCUGGUAUACAUAUACAGUGCACGAUAACAGGAAUAAUUUCUAAAUACCGUGAUUUAAACUUAUUCUGCCUCGUAAUUUCAUAUCCGUGAAAUUUCACGGAUAAUAAAAUAUAUAAACGAGCUCCAUAAUAAGUGAAAUGAAAAGAAAAAAAGAAGAAGAAGAAGAAGAAAUUUAAUUGACAGAGAAUAAAGUGAAGAUACAAAAAUUAAAUAAGGAAUAAAAAACAAAAUAAUAAGAUAAAUAUAAAAUAUCUAUGGACAAUAAAAAGUAUGAUACAGUAGAACAAUUUACAGAGGGACAAGUUUGGUUAGGUUUGAGGAAAAUUUCUCUCUGUAGAGAGAAUCGUGACCCAUAUUGUAACCAAGUGAAGAUCGGGGAACAAGCAAAAAAGGCUAUCUAUUUUUAAAUCAGAUUUUUAAAAAAUUUUUUCUCCCUUUCUAUCCAACUUAGUUUUUAUUUUUGGUAUAAUUACGAAAUUAUCCUGUCAUGGAGAUUAUCAUCAUAUAAAGUUAUUAAAUGUUCUGUUAUUUAUUGACACGAACCUCAUUAUUAAUUACAGUUACUGAUAACAAUCAUAAUUCUGUGCCGUGUUUGCGUUACACGUUCGAUACCUCGGAUUACAAACGAUCGAUUUCAUGUGUAUCGUGCGUUAUUUUCAUAAAGGAUGGGCGUUUCGAUGGGAGAAGAGGGUGGUUGGAUUAUGAUAACGCGGUAUAAUAUCUACAAUGGGAUAGGAUUUAUCCACGCUUGUAUAUGUAGAAUUUCUUUGUCAGAGCAUCCGAUUAAUCUCGAAUUCGAUUCUAUUCUAUUCUCGAUGCCUAUUCAACGUUAUAACAUUAACCAUUAAUUGGCAGAAUAUUUUUUUGUUCAAACUCGGAAGCGACUUCAAUCCUUCACCAUUUGUAUUAAUUUUCUUCUAUCUUUUGCUUUUCUGUACAUAUUUCAGAAUUCUUGCAUAAAUUGAAAAGUAUGAGAUUCUCACUUUGAAGAUCUCAUAAUGAAGAUUCAAGAUCACAUUCGAAGUUCCUGAAUCUCUAUAUCCAAUAAAAGUUGAAAUAUCUUCAAUCAAAUUUACAUGUUAAUUUUUAGAAAGAAAUUUCAUUCACAAAAUUGGAAAUUUACCGUUCAAUUUCGAAUCGGAAGAUAAAAAUUUAAUGCAAAAAAAAAAAAAAAAAAAUCUACGUCAAAUUUCGAAAUGGGAAAUAAAAUAUUCUAAAAAUUUUCGAGCACGAAACAUCAACACACGUGUUACACGUAUACUCGUGUCAUAUUUUGCGUUGUUGCCUUCGAAGCCCGCAUCAUCCCUUUCACCACCACCUCCCCUCCCCUCCUCCCCGCCAUUGACACAGCGAACAUUCCUCGGCGGAAUAUCUCCAUAUCCGUGAAAGCCCCCAAGAUCACAGCGAUUUUACGUGGAUAAAUUUCUAUCACCGUUGCUCCAUACACAACGCAGCCUUCUCUCGUUUUCUCUCGCAUCGAAGUUAUAUAAUCGGCCGUUUUAAUCCGUGCGUUCGAUCGGCGGGAUGAAAGCAAAUAUUUUCAUUGUUCCGGAAACAAUAUCGGCGAUGAAAAUCAUGCGCGAAUAACGAGAUAGAUUGGACGCGGUUUGGGAGGGAAAAAAGAAGAAAAAUAAAAAUCGCGUAUAAACAAUGCGAUACGCAUAGUCAGAUCUUUCUUUUUUAAUCUUUAUAUAUAUAUAUAUGGAUGCGUUGAGGAAAAUGAUAUUCUUUUUGUUCGAGGAUAUUUGGAGGAGUUUUCGAAUAAAUAUUGUGGGCGUCGAGAAUUAUUUUUUUUUUUUUUGCGAAAUUAUUAAUUAGGUGAUAUAAAGAGAGGAGUAAUUUAAACGUAUGAAGGAAUAUAUAUUUGGUAUAUUGAUUUUAUCAAUUAUUUCUAUUCGUUAAGUGAAAUUUGAUUUUAAUUUCGCAUCGGAGGAAUAAUUUGUAAAAAAUUGUUCCCGUAAAUUUGAUUUUCUAUUUAAAUUUUCAACGUAUAAUUACAUUUCGCGGGAUAUACACGUGAUCUGUAAAUUCUGCAAUUGCAUUACUAGGCUCCAAAAUUAAUUCUUGUGUAUUCGUAAAAAUAGUGAUUUUAAAUAUUGUUAAAAUAAUUCGUUCUGGAAAAUAAUUAUCCGCGAAUACGAAAAUUGAUUCUUUGAUUAUUAUUAUUUUUAAAAAUUAUCCAUCAUCCAUUUAUUCAUUCGCUUUAUCAAUGGCGCAUGAAUUUCGUUCGACGAACUUCAAAAUUGCUCGAGCUUCAAAAAAUCGAGGUGAAUCGUCCAAUUAGUCGACGAGAAGUGUAGCCGAGAAAUAUUCAGUGAAUUUUUCCUACGGAAUUUUCUUCCCCUAUUUUCUCUCUCUUUUUUUUUCGUAUACGAAAUGUAUCUACUUCGUGUUAUUAUUGUUAUUCUUCAGAAAAUAGAUGAAAAAUCUGAGAUUAAUGUUAUUAACACAUCAAAAUUAUAUAUUUAUACAUGUAAAUAAUAAAUAUAUAAAAAAUAGCAUUAAAGCAGUAUUAUAAGAAUAAUUAAAUGUAAUUAUGUUUUUAUCUGAAUAAAAAUCAAUUUUUUAAAAAAUUUUAAUAGAAUAACUUUAAAAUUAUUUAAUUUGUUUGAUAGUUUCAAUGUUAAUAUAACUAAUCUCUGUGCUUUUUGCGUGUUUCUAUUGAGUUUCAGAUGUCUAGAAGUUUAGAAAGAUCGUUGCUUCUUGUAUAUUUUAAUCCUUAAAUACUAUCUUUGGAUGAAAUUUCACUCUACUAUCUUUAUUAUGUAAUUUUCUUAGAUAUGAUAGGUUUUAAGUAAAUUGAAUAAUCAUUCGAGAAAAAACUAUUAUAAUUUAAACUGAGAUAGAAUUUUCUUCAUUUAUAAAACUUACAACGAAGCUAGCAAUGAAAAGCAAUGUAUCGUUCUAAUUUAUUAUCUCUGAUAAAUAUUUUUUUAUAUGGUUAAACGGUUUUUCAAAAUAAAUUCGUUAAACAAAUGUAUGCAACAGGCGAUGAGUAAAAACGAAUUAAAAAAAGAAAACCAAACAAAAUGAAAGAUAUAAUAAUUGAAAACAAAAACAAGAGAGACCAAAAUUAUUUAUUGAGAUAUGAUGCGAGAUAUUAUUUGCAAUAAUUGAAUUAUUUUCUCGGUGGACAGAUUUCCAUGGUGAGAGAUAUUAAAGCCAUGGAGGGCGGGCAGAGAGAAAAGCGUUUUCGCGCGAUAAUUAUGCGAAUCCGUUUGUCUGAUCCUGAGAACCGAACAGAUGCUCACUCUCGGCAAUUUAGUAUUAAAACAAUUCACCUCGCUGCCGGCGAUGCUUGCUCGCUAAACUUUCAGUAAUUCAUCUCUCAAUAUUGUUGUUGCGAUAUUUCCACGCUCGACCAAUCCCUAAAAAAAGAGGAACUGAAAUAUCGUUUCAAAACGAAUAGAGGAUGAGGGAGGAGAGGAGGGAAGAGAAACUGUUUUAAUCUUCGUCGUACGAACGUUAGGAUCGCAGAAUGUGAGAUAAUUAACUUCGAGAAAUCGAAAAUCCUAAUUUUGGAUAUUGAUUUUUGAUUGAUACAAAGAAAAAAAAAAGAUUGUAAAAAGAAACUCAAAAUAAUUAUAUCUGACAUGUAUAUGUUUCACGAGAACUAACCUAAAAAACGCAUUACAGUUUUAAAAAUCUCAUAUUUUAUUCGCGCUAAAAUUUUCCAUCUCCGUAUAAUCCUCACCUAUUUACCUAAUCUCUCGAGUUCAUCGAGAUAUUACUAAUUCCUUCAGAAGCCGAAACUUCCGUCUAACUUUCGAACGAAUCGCGAAUACCCGCCGUUUCUAAUUCCAACAAUUUGGCACGGCAGCCAGUCGCUAAUUCCUGAAAACUGGAUCGCUCGUGCUGCCAAUAGCAUCGUUCGUUAAUUAUAUUGCUUGUUCUUUCUUACCCAUCUUCAAUCUCGCUUAUCUAUCUCCGUUCUCUCGGAGAAAGAUGGCGUCCUCCAGAUGUCGCUUUAUCGAAAUCGUGGCGCGCAUGCGCGAUAUCGUAUCCAGAAAGGAAAAAGUAGGAUAUCGAGAAAAGUUUUUAUGGUAAGGGGAUAUAUAUAAAUUUAUUAUAAAUAUUUUUUUUUUUACCAGAAUAAUGGGGUAAUAAGGAUUGCAACAUCUGAAUUUUUAAAUUAUGCAAGUUUAAAGUUUUGAAAUUUUUAAGAUGCAGUUAGGUUAGAAAACUUUUACUUUUUAUGAUAGGAACUAUAUAUAUGCAGUUAUCUUGCAGAUUUUAUAUUAUAGUGAUAUUCAAUGUCUGUUUGGAAUCAAUUUUUGUGUAUUCAUUCUUGUGUUACAUUCUUUGUUAUAGGAAUUUAUUAAAUUUUUUUCGAAUUAUAAAAAUAGAAUGAUUAAAAUUCAAUUUGAAUUUUAUAGUUAAAGUUUUAGUGUGUACAGUAUGUAAUAUAUAUGUUAUAAGCGUUUUUUAUUAUUGAUACAGUUCAUUAAUACAGAAAUUAAGAAAGAUAUUUUCAAAUUAAUAAAUAAUUGUAGUAAUUUAUCUAUAAGAUUGUUGCGUGAAGAAAUAAAUAUUCUACUAUAAUAAUAUUUAAUUUAUCAAUUUCUAUUAUAUUUCGUUAUUAAUUAAUUAAUAAAAUUAAUCCUCGAUUGUGUGAUAUGACAUUUAUUAUUUAAUUUUUCGUAAUAUUAGUUAAAACUUAUAAUUUAUUAAAACUUUCUAAAAUAAUAUUUUACGACAAAGUUAGUUCGUCUAGUGGUGAUAUAAAAGUUUUAUUUAGUGCAGUGUUUAAAUUGCAAUCUGUCUGGGAAACAUAAUUCGAUACAUAAUAACUUUUUCUCCUAAUUUCGUUAAAAUAAAAUAUUAAAUAUCAUAUAAUAAUUUCACGAUAAAUAGAGAAAUCUCUAGAAUAAACAAUAUAUAAAAAUAUGAAUUUUUGUAUUACUUAUUUUAUUUUUGCUACGUUUUCAUAUAUUUUUAGAAAAAACUUUUACGUUAUAAAUUAAUUUUCAUAUAUUCGCGAACUUUCAAAGAUUUUUCCAAUUAUCAUGAUAUAUUUUAUAAUAUAGUAAAUUCAUAAAUUGGUGGAUAAUAAACAAGCUGACAAGCAACCAACUAACUGUACAUAUUUGAGUUCUUUCAUCUUAGAGGCUGAAAGAGCAAAGGCAGACCUUUCCUGUACCCACUCUUAGCACAAAGAAAAUUACUUUCAUCGUUCUCAAAAGCGAGGAGCAGACAAGCCGUGCAACGAAGUGGAUAAUUCCAUCAUGGUCCACCUUGAAGAGGUACCGGAAGCUAUCCUCAAGACGUCGAUGGCGGGUUCAUCCGGAAACUGUCUCCGAGAGGGGUAUUAACGAACGUAAACGUGGUCCCAUUAAGCGUGAUAGUGUGUGUCAACGACGAUAAAGCGAGCAAGGAGAGGUGGAAAUUGUGAUCGGUGAUUCUGCUCGAGAGUUUUUUCUCCCCCUCUUUUCCCCCCCCUCGGUGUAUCGAACCGGAAAUUUGACGGAAAAUUUGAAAAUGGAAGAAGAAGUUUCUUGGGACGAGCUUCGAAUUGAAAUUUUUUUGAUUUAAUACGAAAAUGGGAUGAAUUUGAUGAAUAGUAAAAUUCUUUUUCGAUGACAAAUCAAAUGGAAUCAAAUUUCCAUUUGAAAAAUUUUUCCUCUCAUUCGAAAUCUCCAGAUUGAAAUACUAAUUGAAAUUAGAAUAUUAUCCAGGAUCCACUGAAACUCACCCUCUUCGACUCGUUGGAAACGAUCGAAAGGAAACGAUUCCACGAUCCACGAUCCUCGAGGUUCCUCCGAGUGGAGCGCUCGCGAAGAAGAAAGGAAGGGAAAGAGAAAACAAACGAGCGUCGAGCGAGAAUCCAGGUACUUAAGCGGCCAUUUCGGGGAUACGGAGCAAGUGGUGUGCAUGCAAGUUGGAUCCAACUGGGUAAUUAGAGGUGUAAUUUCGAUCUUUCGCCGAGUCGACGAGAAUCCGGCGGGGGAAGGGCGGAGAUCGUCCACGAUUUCUGGCCGCAUAAAAAAUUAAAUGCCGACAGUAUUCUUGCCCGAUCGUCGCUGGAUUAUCCUGUUCAGGAAGCCGAUUUUAAUGAAAGCCUUCCUCGAUUCCACGAGACACGGAACCCCCGCGGCCCGGCUCGGAAGGCGAGAAGAAGACCCACCGGCAACCUUGUGAAAAUAAUGCGAGCAAAGCGUAUCGAGGAGGAGACGCGCUUCAGACUGCUGAGAUACACGCACCGCGCCAAGUGUCGAAAGAUCAUCUGAUCAACCUCCCCAGGAGCGAACGUUCCCUCCACUCCCCCCCUCGCCCCCGAUCGAGCCGAAAAAUCGAUCCCGAUCGAUCGUCCCCAAUUGGCUGUGAUCUCUUCCCUCGCGAACGAUAACGAGUCGAUCAUCGACGUGGGUGUGUGUGCGCGUGUGUAUGUGUCUGUGCGGCGAUCGAGGAAAUCGAGGCCUGGUGACGCGGAAGAAUUACCCCCGUAAUUGUAAACUGACCGACUAUCGAUCUGGUUUUGGAAUUUGGCGCCAGACGAUACCGAAAUCGUUCUUCCUCGAUUAAUGGCGGAACGAUGGAAGAGGAUGAUGAACAUCUCUCCUCGUGAAGGGGCGGAUGUAUCAGGGAAUUGAAUGAAUUUUGGAGAUAAGGAGAAAAGAAAGGAAAGGAGGAAAGAAAUAUAGGAAAUUGAAGUGAAAUGAUACAAUUGAUACAGUUGCGGAUAGGGAAAUUGGGAAUUUUUCGGUUUGUAGAUUUCGUAGUGAAUUGACCGUUUUGAUAAAAAUAUUUUGAAAGUGUUGGAAGAUUUUCAGUGAUCGUUGGAAAGUGGGAAGGCUUGAGGAAUUUGCGAAGGGAAUAUAUAGAUAAAAAGGAAUUUGGAACUGAUGGUGAAAUUAUUUGAAUUGUGUUGAGAUAACCAACUGAUUGAAAUUUUUUUUAUAAAAGUUGAACGAAACAAGAUUUAUAGGAACAAUUUUAAUAAGUGUUAAUGGUGUUGAAACAAAUUUUUAAACAAAAAUUAAGAAAUAACGAAAGGAUAAAAUUUUAAUAAAAAACUGUUGAAUAUUAAGAAUUGAUAAUAAAUUGACUGUUUUAACGAAGUUAAUAAUAUAUUAUUGUUUUAACGAUAUUAAAAAAGAAAGAGUUUAAACAAAAUUGGAAAAUUUUCAAGAAGAAGAUACAAAAAAUGCUAGAAGCAAGAUGGAAUAUUUAUAAUAGUAAAAGGGAUUUUUGGAAUUCGUUAAGCUCUUAAGUUAGAAGAAGAAACAAUAGCCUGAAAUUUUCCGAAUACUUAGGAAAGCUCGUUAAAGUGGAAAAGGAAAGAGAAGCUUAAAGUCUGUAACUAUCUAAAAAGGAAUUCAGAAACUCUUCAAAGAUUGAACAAGAAAAAAAAAAGAAAAAAAGAUAUCGAAACUUUCUCAUUUGUCCAUCACGUCCAUCAGAUCGAUUAUAAAAAGGAAUAUCAUUAUUUCGUCCAUUAUCUGAAUUAUUCUUCAAAUACUUAAAAUUCGAAUUCGACGUUUAACAAAUCGCAAAAGAUAUUAUUUAAUUUUAACUAAGAAACAAAUUGUAAAAAAUUUUAUGGAAAUUUUAUUUAUGCAAGAGAGGAGUUUCGAAAUUUUAAAAUUUCUGGAAGAAGAGAAAUAUCAUCUCACAAACUUAAUAAUAAUAAGAGAAUAAAGAAGAGAAUAAUAAGGUAAAGAUAAGAAUUGGAAGAAGUUCUAAGAGAAAAAAAUAAAUAAAUAAAGCAAUAAAAAAGACUCCUCUGUUAUUUAAUCUAAGAAAAUAGAUUGUGAGAAUUGGAAGGGGGAUGGUUCGAUCGCGAAUAAUUAUUCUUAUUAAAAUUCUGCAAUUACCAGACCGUGUGAAAAUUGCCGUGAAAGAAGAGGGAAAAUUAAUUUAAACGAACGGGCAAAGCGUUCCUCUUUUAUUAAGAGAUAAAAAUUAUCAAAAGCAAUAACUAUGGAGCAAGCUGUCCGAACGAACCUCUCUCUCUGAAAAUGUUCCUUUAAUACCAGAAACAAUUAAAAAGAACGAUCGUUAUUUAAGAUCGUUAAUCUAAAUACGGAGGGGGAGAUUGGAAAAAUAUCGAGGAAUAAGUAACAAUGAUACAAGUUUGAAAAUUCAAGAUAAAAACUUCCCUUGAUCCCUUUCUCACCUCCUGAGCGAAUCGACGCGUCCAAAAAGAUUUUUCAAAUUGGGAGAGGGUUAAGGGAGGCGAAGGGUGCAAUUGAAAGGGGCGGUGGAGAGUGUCCAGUGGGCGAAACAUGAGGGAGGAGCCGAUAGAGCAACGUCAGCAACGUGUCGCGAUAAGUAAGAAUCGUGACGUGGGUAGGAGGCGAAAUUUCUUGCGAAGAGGACGAUGAACGAGGGCCCCAUUGUCGACAAUUCGAAGUGGAUGCCCGCUCGGACAUAGGAGGAGGGGAGAAAAAGAAAACACCUCUUAUCGGAUAGUUUAAAUGGAAUUGAAAUCUCGUUUCAAUUCAAUUUUCAAAAGAGGAGGGGGCGGGGUCGAAAUUAGCGGCGGAGGGGGAGGAAAAGGUGGUGGUGGAGAUAAUUGGACCGGAAGUGUCCUCGGGAGGGGCGGUAACAGGAUUUCGAUUCCGGAUCGAAAGUUCUCCCCGAGAUCAAAAAUUUCUACCCCUCGAUAAUAAUUUCGAGGAAUUUAUUAACGCCGUGCGAAGCGUGAAAUCGGGGGAUUUAUAUUCCGCGGCAGGAAAUGAAGAAACUUUUCUUCUGGAAAAAGUUUAGUGGGAAACCAGUUAUCGAAUCCUAAUAUUUCCAGUAGUGUGUCUAUCCCCAGUGCGUUCAUUUCCCGAGGAAAGAAAAAGGGGUGCGUGGCUUCUCGAGAAGUUGUACGGAGAACACGACGACUUCCUGAACGAUAUCACGAAUCGUCGAUGAGUCAAAUCUCUGUUUAAGACAUACGUGGACAUACAGUGUGAAAUAUUGUUUAAAUUUAAGAACGUUCGUACGAUGCGAGGGGGAGGACGGUGAAUCGAGUUCGAGUAAUUUUUCGGUGAUGAUAAUUAAAGGAGGGUGGUGUAAUUAGAUCGAUCGAUCUGAGAUAAUUGUAGCAGCAGACCGAUCCGUUUUAGACAAGUUUCGAAUUGAAUGAGGAGUGAACGAAACAAUAAGGAAAAUCAAACGGCGAAGGUGGGUGCGAAACGAAAAGGUGGAAAAGAAAAGGGGUUGAAACGGAAUCGAGGAAAGGAGGGAAGGGACGAGCUUUUGUCGCCAACGAUGGGAUUUGUCGAGGGUGAAUGGUAAAUCUCGAAGGUGCUAAUAGGUUUAAUUGUUCUUUUUUGGAACGUUUUGGAGGAGGUAAUUUUAGAUAAAGGAGGAAAGAUUGCUAGACAUUUAAUUGAGGAAAUUGGGAGAAAGGAAAACGUAUCGAAGACUAUCAUUCGUUUAAAAAUUUCCUCUCAACUGAUCACUGUUGAUCAUCACGGUUGUUUUAUAAUUGAAUAAAUCUUAAUCUCCGAUUAAAAGCUGAAUCCAAAAAUAUUAAAUAAUUAAGUUCUCCAAAAGAAAAAAAAAUCGAGAAGAACCUAAUGAUCUAACCUCAAAAAACUUGCACAUAGCAUCUUCCUGAAACAACCGAGCAAAAAUAAUUGAUCAAGCGUACAUAAAAAUAAAGAAGCUGAAAAACCUAACCUCAAAACAAGAAAAAGAAACAAUAUCUUCCUCCAAACCAAACAAACGGAUAAAAUCUAACCUAACCUCAAAACAAACCUAACUAAAAUCCCCGAGUGUGGCGAUCGACGGAACAAAAAUAACAAAAAUACAAAUAUACAAAGGAGAAAGCGAACGGCCAACGAUGAUCCCAGGCUUUCCAAAGGAUCGAUGAUCGAAUCGUUGCCGUGAUGGAGGCGAUCCAGGCGAUCUGCAUUCGUCGCUCUUCUUCCGGUGAAAUCGUUUCACGAGAGUCGUCGUUGUUCGGUGCGUUGUUCGGCAGGAAGUGGUCUGAGAUGGUUCGAGAUUUGGCGCGACAGCUUGCCAACUAAAAUGCGAGAGCUGAACGCGACCGCAUGUGCUGCCCUUUACGAGCGCGUCGAGUGGUCCGGACCGUGGAUCCUGGUUACCCUGAUCGUGCUCGCGAUAGUGAACGUGAUGGUGGUGCUGGGCAACGUGCUCGUGAUACUCGCUGUCUAUCAUACGAGCAAGCUGCGAAACGUGACGAAUAUGUUCAUCGUUAGCCUCGCGGUGGCGGAUCUGAUGGUCGGCCUGGCGGUGCUUCCGUUUAGCGCUACGUGGGAGGUUUUCAAGGUGAGGCUUCAAUUCUGUAAUAAUUCUAAUCGCAUCUGCUAUUAUAUAUACAAUAUAUAGAUUUUGUAAAAUCUAAUGAUCUUAUAUAUAUAAUAAUAAAUAAAAAUGAGAAAACUCUAGAAAUUGCAGAAA